AUGGAGCUGACAAUCAUUUUGCUGGCGCUCAACGCGCUCUCAACAUUGCCACAGGCACAGGCAUGGACGUUUGUGUGGAGGAAUGCCACCAAUAACUCCUUCGUCGAGCACUCAAACGGGGCCAUGCCCUGCACUAAAGUCAGCAACCCCAAGGGCAUGCUGUUUGAAUAUGACUCGGAGGACCAGCCAUUCGCCAUUUCAUUAUUUGGAAACAGUGACUGUUCUGGAACCGCCGGGGGUUAUGCAUCCAAUUAUCUGAGCAAGAAUGCGAGCACGGCCAUCGACUCGUUCAAGGUCGACUCCACCACGACGACCACGGCCACCUCCUCGAGUUCGGUCCAGCCCACCACCAGCGCAGCAGAAGCCGCAGCGUCGUCUCAAUCGGGAUCAGACAUGUCGGGUGGUACUAUCGCGGGAAUUGUCAUCGGUGUCGUCGUGGGCGUGGUCAUUAUCGGGGGAAUGCUCUUCUUCCUCGGUCGUCGCCGUCAAAAGCCUCCCAGAAACCCGGCUACAAGUAUGGGGAUGGGAUUUGCGCCAUCGGGCUUUGGAUCACCGGAUACACACACAUCCCCAUUGUCGUUCGGGGAGAUGGCAGCGCUGGAGACAAAGAAACGGCAGCAGUCCCACUCAUCGGCCCCAGAGUCGUCAAAUGGACCUGUUCGGGUGGUUGAGCUGCCUGGAAAUUACCAACCAGCGGAGCUGGGCAAUUAUAGUGAGCGGAAUGAGCUGGAGGGUCAGGUCCGAUCGCCUGUGUCGCCCUAG